GAGAGGUCAAGGGUCAGUGCAGAGCCGUGAGGAGAUGGUGAAGCAGACCAUACAGAUUUUCGCGAGGGUGAAGCCCACUGUCCGGAAGCAGCAACAAGGGAUUUAUUCCAUAGAUGAAGAUGAAAAAUUAACCCCUAGCCUGGAAAUUAUCUUACCUCGUGAUUUGGCAGCUGGAUUUGUGAAUAAUAAGCGAGAAAGUUACAAAUUUAAAUUUCAAAAGAUUUUUGAUCAGGGUGCAAACCAAGAGACCAUUUUUGAAAACAUUGCCAAACCAGUUGCCGAGAGUGUCUUGGCAGGUUACAAUGGUACCAUCCUUGCUUAUGGGCAAACAGGCAGUGGGAAGACAUUCACCAUCACUGGUGGGGCAGAACGCUACAGUGACCGAGGCAUUAUCCCAAGGACACUGUCGUACAUUUUUGAACAAUUACAAAAGGACAGCAGCACAAUACAUACAACGCACAUUUCCUAUUUGGAAAUCUACAAUGAAUGUGGUUAUGAUCUACUGGAUCCAAGACACGAAGCCUCCAGUCUGGAAGAUUUGCCGAAAGUGACAAUAUUCGAGGACCCUGAUCAGAACAUUCACCUGAAAAACCUGUCUCUCCAUCAGGCAGCCACAGAGGAAGAAGCUCUAAAUCUGCUCUUCUUAGGAGACACCAACAGAAUGAUUGCUGAGACUCCAAUGAACCAGGCUUCAACUCGUUCCCACUGCAUUUUCACUAUUCAUUUAUCAAGCAAGGAACCAGGAUCUGCAACUGUCCGGCAUGCUAAACUUCAUUUGGUUGACCUGGCUGGUUCAGAGCGAGUUGCGAAGACUGGAGUAGGGGGCCAACUUCUAACAGAGGCCAAGUAUAUCAACUUGUCCCUACAUUACUUAGAACAGGUGAUCAUUGCUCUUUCUGAAAAACACCGUGCACACAUUCCCUACAGGAACUCCAUGAUGACCAGUGUCCUAAGAGACAGUUUGGGAGGGAACUGCAUGACGACCAUGAUCGCAACACUCUCUUUAGAGAAAAGGAAUAUCGACGAGUCGAUAUCUACCUGCAGAUUUGCACAACGAGUGGCGCUCAUAAAGAAUGAAGCUGUUCUUAAUGAAGAAAUCGAUCCUAAAUUGAUGAUUAUAUGCCUACAAAAAGAAAUCCAGGAACUGAAGGAUGAACUGGCCCUUGUCACUGGGGAGCAGAGGACAGAGGUGCUCACAGACGCAGAGCUGCUUCAGUAA